UUAAUUAUAAAAUAUCCAAGUAUACAAAAGCGGCUAUGACAAUAACUUGUGGCAGUGACCCAUACCAUACCAUAUGAUACCAAUGGUCAACAAAAUAAUCUCACCCCUUCACCUAUUAUCUUAUUAUUAUUAUUAGUUUUCUUUCUCUACCAACUCUUAUUACAAUUUUGUGUAUAUAUAUUCCACAACAACCAAACACAUAUACCUAUGUAACCAUAAAACUACAAUUGAUAAAAAAAAAAAACCACAAAGUUAGAAGAAAAUGGAAGUGGUGUCACCUAGUAGUCCCAAUGGAAGUCCCACUUUCACCAUAAACCAUUUUGAUUUCAAUUUCAAGCCAUCAACAAUAUCACCUUAUCUAAGUGCUCCUUCUUCACCUAAACGCUUUGGACAAAAUUAUUACUUAAGCGCUCCAGCUACCCCAUCAAGAUUUUACUCUCAAUUCGAUUAUUACUUAAACAACGUUGCCGAUGAUGUUCAUAUUGAAGAUAAUGAUGACGAUGAACACGGUGGAUUCGCGUUUUCUGUUCACAGAGAAUCCGAUUCAUCACCUCGUUCAGCUGAAGAACUCUUCCAUGGUGGAAAAAUCAAACCUUUGGAAACUCCCAAAUCGCCUCUUUUAUCUCCGAAUCGACCCACAAAAUCUCCGAUAGCAAAAGGGAAAAAAGCAAUUAUUGAAACAUUUUUUCGAACAAAGAAGAACAAAGAACCCUCUUUUGUUGAAGAGAGAAGAGGUAGAGAUAGAACUCCCACAUCUGAGAUUUCAUCAUCGAAUUCUAAUCGUAGAAUCACGCGUUCACAUUCUCCAUACAGAACAUCACACUACACAUUUGAAGGACAACAACAGAGUAAUAAUAAAGAGGAUUCUGUUCCAACUUCUUCUUCAAAGAGUUCUUCUAGAAUAUGGAGAUUGAGAGAUUUUUUGUUGUUUCGAAGUGCAUCAGAAGGAAGAGGUUCAAACAAAGAUCCAUUCAGGAAAUACCCUGUUUCUUAUAAGAAAUCUGAAGAAGGAAAAGGUUCAUCAAUUAGAAACACUGAGAAUCCAAAGUUAAGUAGAAGAAAAGAAACUGUUUCUGCACAUGAAUUGCUCUAUGCAAGGAAGAAGGCAGAGUCAGAGGAUUUGAAGAAGAGAACUUUCUUGCCUUAUAAACAGGGGAUUUUGGGAAGAUUGGCUGGGUUAGGAUCAAGAUGAACAUCACUCAUCUUUUCUCAUUCAAUCUUUUUGAAAGAAUUAUAUUUUUUUUCUUUCAUUUCUUUUUCUACAUAAAAAAAACUGUAUUCUUUUGUUGAAA